AUGAUGAAUGCAAAUUUUGCAAGGAGGGAGCUCAUAACAAUACUCAGCAUCGAUGGCGGUGGCAUCAAAGGCAUCAUCCCCGGAACUGUUCUCGCCUUUCUCGAAUCCAAACUUCAGGUAGAGACGUUGACCAAUGUUGUCAUUCCGGCUUUCGACAUCAAGAUUCUCCAACCGGUCAUCUUCAACACCCAUGAUGCAAAAGUAAAUGCAUUGAAGAAUCCGAGGCUGGCGGAUGUGUGCUUGGCCACUUCGGCAGCGCCCAUAUUCUUGCCAGUCCAUUUCUUUGAGACCAAGGACGAUGUAGCAAACACCACUCGUACUUACGACCUCAUUGAUGGUGCCAUUGCCAUUAAUAAUCCUACUUUAAAAUUUGAUUACCACGUUUCCACCCUUUUUCGAUCUCCAAAUCUUCAUCAAAACUAUCUUCGUAUUCAGGAUGACUCGUUAACCGGCGAUACCGCAUCGGUGGAUAUAGCGACUCCACAAAAUUUAAUAAAGCUUGUGAAGAUUGGGGAGGAGUUAAUAAAGAAACCCGUGUCAAGGGUUAAUUUAGAAACAGGAAGAUAUGAGACUGUUGAUGGAGAAGGUAGCAAUGAGGAAGCUCUCACCAAGUUUGCCAAAUUGCUCCAUCAAGAACGAAAGUUAAGACUAAGUGGCUAG